CUUGAAUCCGGCUCUGUUCAAUCGUUAUUCAACCACCAAGCCGGCAAGCUACAUCCGCAGGUUCUAUGCCGAAUCUAUUUCUCGUAACCCGGCAGUGACUUACUCAGCGUCGGGUGUAGGACGAGAUUCGUCAGUCGUACGUUCGUUUGUUUUGCGUGCAUCCCUAUCUAGUGUGCUAAUGUGCAACAAGUGAACGAGGGGCGGCAACCCAAAGAAUAGUCGAUAUCUCCGGAGGAAAAUCACGUGUCCAGGAAUUUCGAAAAAUAGCAGAGACUUAAAAUAAUGGAUUUGGAAGGAAACCAGCUUAUAUUGGACGAUUUUGUUCCCGGCCCCUUGGACCACUACAGGAAACAAGCGAGGUUUGACUGGAAGAAGCUGAAACUAUUUUUCGAAGAUGAGGAGCUACUCAAAAUGAGGCUGCGUGUGUGGAAAUGUCUGGAAAAAGACCCGCUGUUUCACCGACCGAACGUCGAGCUACUUACAGACCAGAAAAAAAGAAGAACGGCUUUACAGUUGAGGAGAUACAUAGACCACAAACUCGCCAACGUAGAUCUGAAUACGCCUUUCAGAAAAAGGACUAGGUUGCUCUUAGCCUGUAAUGAAGCCUUUGCCUCCACAUUUCCGGAUGCGUCAGUAAAAUUGGCGCUAGGGUUUGGACUCUUCAGUAACACCAUAGCUACUUUGGGAACGGAAAAACAUCAGCACUACGCUUAUGCAGGUAAUGAGAUGUUAUCGUGUUUGGCGCUCACAGAAAUUUCUCAUGGAAGUAAUACAAAGCUAAUGAGAACCACAGCCACCUUCGAUCCAAAGACCCAGGAAUUUAUUAUUAACACACCUGACUUUGAAGCAGCCAAAUGUUGGGUAGGAAAUUUAGGAAUUCAAUGCAUAUAUGCGUUACUUUUCGCGCAGCUGCACACCAAAGGUCAGUGUCACGGAUUGCAUGCUUUCGUCGUUCCGAUAAGAGAUCCAAAGACUCUCCUACCUUAUCCAGGAAUCGUAGUCGGAGAUAUGGGCGAGAAAAUAGGACUGAGUGGAAUUGAUAAUGGCUUCGUUAUGUUCAACAACUAUAGAAUACCAAAAGAUAACCUGCUGAACAGGACUGCAGAUGUCACCCCUGACGGGGAGUACGAAAGCAGUUUUACCGACCCAGGGAGGAUACUUGGGGCAGCUUUGGAGAAUCUUUCGAUGGGGCGUGUUGGUAUAAUGCAAGAAAGUUCUAACAACCUCAUCUGUGCAGUUACCAUCGCUGUUAGAUAUGCCGCUGUUAGGAAGCAGUUCGCUCCAAAUGGAGACGGGAAUGUUAACACUGACGAGUUGCCUAUCAUUGAAUAUCAACUGCACCAAUGGCGACUGUUUCCCCACAUGGCGGCAGCUGCAGUCCUGAGAGUUUUUGUAAAUGAAUUUACGGAAACAUAUCUAUCAGUUGUAGAAAAAUCGGCAACCUCAGUUGAGCUAGAACACUUGAGCCAAAUGGUGUCAGAAAUCCACGCGCUAGUCUCCAGCGCCAAACCCCUCAUCACUUGGUCCUGUCGAGACGCCUGUCAGGAGUGCAGAGAAGCGUGCGGGGGACACGGCUUUCUCAAGGCUGCUCGCCUGGGAGAACUCCGCAGCACGGUAGACCCCUGCGUGACCUACGAGGGAGACAAUAACGUGCUGGUGCAGCAAACGAGCAACUGGCUGUUGAGGCAGUGGCAGAGCGUUACUACUGAGGAACGGUUAUCCUCCCCCUUGGAAAGUUGUAAGUUCUUCGUCGACCACGACCGGAUACGCAGGAGGAGGGGUAGUGUUAGGACGAAGGAGGACGUGCAAAAUAGAACGUUCAUCGAAGAAUCCUACCAGUGGCUAAUCAUCUACCUAGUAAGAGAGACUGAAAAUAAGCAGAACGAAGUAAUCGGCAGGGGGCUCGACAAAUUUACAGCCCGAAACGAAUCCCAGGUAUAUCGAGCGGCAGUUCUGUCAAGAGCAUAUGCGGAAUACACUGCUCUACGAUACUACUGGUCCAAAGUUGGCACAGCAAAUAAAGAGUUGUUCUCUGCCCUAGCGAAUCUGGGGGCCCUGUACGGACUGAGCUGCCUGGACAAACAUUUGGUAUAUUUUUACCAAGGAGGCUAUGCGCAGGGGCCCGAGUUUUCCAAAAGCGUCAAAGAUGGUAUUCUGGAUCUGUGCGGUAAACUGAAACCGGACUGUUUGGGGAUUAUCGACGGAUUGGCCCCUCCUGAUUAUGUAGUGCAUUCUGUACUGGGGAAAUCUGAUGGAAAGUUAUAUGAAAACCUUAAAGACCUCUUGAUGAACAGCCCCGGCGCUACGUCACGACCGGAAUGGUGGCAGGAAAUAGCCAACGAUACUUCGAAGCCCCCCAUACUCCAAAACAAGCUCUAGUACAAUUCCAAAGCAUUAACCAAAGAAGAAUUACGGGUUAAACUUCCACGAAGAAUUCGACGGUCAAUAGUCUACCAAAUACAUACGGAUUGUUAUUUUUAUAAAUUAUAUAUUUUUAAAUACACUUGUACGUCGGUCCAGUGGAUAGGGAGAUCAAAAUCCCUAAUCUUGCAUUUACAAAUAAAACUUUCAUCAGAA